AUGAAUGGAUCAUCGAUUUUGAAGGAACAAAGAUCUUCGUCGUCAGAAUUAAAUUCGGAAAUUAAAACUUCAGUGGACAAUGCUACAAUGGAAAAUUCGUCGUAUUGGGAUUACGAGUAUAACUAUGAUUAUGAUGCAGCAAUUACGCACCUGCCUCUAAACGAAUUAAUACCUGUGACAAUCUUCUACUCUAUUACACUUUUAUCCGGACUUGUUGGGAAUAUUUUAGUUAUAAUAUCUGUUGCACGAUUCAAGAAAAUGCAAAACACAACAAAUACAUUUCUUUUGAGUCUUUCCACUGCAGAUCUCUUACUAAUUGUUAUUUGUGUACCUGUAAAGGGUAUAGCUUUUUUCUCUUAUACAUGGAAGUUGGGUGAAGUGUUAUGCAAACUUGUCAACUAUUUACAGAAUGUGUCGGUAUUGUGUUCUGUUAUGAACCUGACUGGUCUAAGUUUAGAAAGAUAUUAUGCCAUAAUCCACCCUUUGAAAGCAAAAUACAGAUGUACUCUAACGUUAGCUAAGAAGACGGUAUUGUGUAUUUGGCUAUCUAGUUUUAUAUUGGCAGCUCCAACGAUUGUUGGUCAGAUCCACAAGACUGUAAUUGGUGUUCGCCGUACUGCACAUUGGUGUAUAAUAGAAUGGGAGCAUGAUAAUAUCAGUAGACUCUAUGGUGUAUACAUGUAUCUAAUAGUCUUAGUUAUACCUGUUAUGUUAAUGACUUUUGCCUAUGGAAGCAUAUCUUUUAAACUUUGGAGAUUACGAUAUUGUAAAUCAACUACUGAUAAUACAAACAAGGUUGCUAACGGAGGACUAAGGGUAUCAUUUACAGCAUAUAAAAGUAGGGAUGCGAUAUGUUUACGAUGUCCAAAACCUAUAAUGAGUGACGAAAAUGCUACAAGAAAACAGGUGAUGAAGAUGUUAAUUGCUGUAGUAGUAUUGUUUAUAUUGUGUUGGGGUCCAAUAAUGACGAACAAUUUACUCGUAUCAUUCAAAAUUAUCGACAAUUUGAACGUGGGGGAACUUAAACGUCCACGUCAAGCUAUGUACGUAAUGUCAUAUUUCAAUAGUUGUAUAAAUCCAUUUCUAUAUGCCUUUAUGUCCAAAAACUUCAGAAAUGCUUUUAAACAGACAUUUUUAUUAAUUUGUCGUUCAAAACCAGUAGCACGGACAAGAAAUGGAUCCUUUAUCCGAUAUUCAUUCCAGUCUAGAUCGACAUCAUUUAUAUCUGGCACUGUUAUCAGGAAUUUAUAA